CGCAACUUGGGGGAACAACUACACGUGAAUGCAUCAAUGAAUCCUGCGGGCUUGAGGGGAAUUCGUGAAUUAAGUAGCUGAGUGGGUUUACGUAUGCAAACAUUAAAGUUAGCAAUAGCAUAUCAGUAUUUAUGUCGGAUAAUGUUGCAAGUAAAGCCAUGGAUUGCUUUCAGAAUCCUGAGUUGAAGCCCUUAGAAGAAUUAAAAUUCAAGAUAACCAACGAUGGAAUCACUCGGGAGGUAGCAGCUCUGAGCGAAAACUGGGUGGAAAAACGUUACUACCUUCAUUAUGUAAUGCCAGAAAUUUACACAGGCGAUGGAAUUGAAAUUAUGGGAGCAAAAGAAGAAUGGCUAGAGCUUGUCAAUCAUAUAAUACAAGAUUUAAAAUGGCUCUUGUGUCUUCCCCACCAUAAGUUUUGGUCUCAUAUUAUUUAUGAGCCAUUUAUAACGAACAUUUUAGUAUCUGUUCUUCAAGAGAGUCCGCCGUUUUAUGCUCUUGAAAACUUUCCCGAUGUCCCUGAAAUGAAGGAUGCUGUAAAUCUACUACAGCAGUUGGUAUUAUUAACAUUUGUUCGGCUAGUAACAAACCGAGAAAACUCUGAGAACUACAUGGAUCCAGUUGUUCAGGGUAAAUUGCUUUAUGACAACUACAUAUUUACCAUCGCUAUAAUAUGGGAUCUCUGUCAACUCUAUGGAAGAGAAAACAGGAAGACUGUCGAACAUGUUAUACAUACACUGUUCAAAAUUCAACCACUCUACGAAGAUGAUUUGGAAAAAUCUAUUCCAUUUCUGAUCCAGGUUUUUCGAGGAAUAGAGCAAAGGUUUGAAGACUGUCCUGUUCCCUUCUCUGGAGAAGUUGUCUCAUUGUGCGAAAGGGGUGGUGCUAGUGGAGAUAUUACAUUAAGCAUCCUAGAAGACCAUGUUAUACACCUCUUAGAUGUGUCGUCAAGUCUUGCUAUUGUCUUAGAAAUCUACCCAGCUGGCGCUAGAAUUUUUCAUAAAAGAGACUUUAUGAACAGGAUAAUCAUGGUCUAUGAAAAUAUUGUGCCAGAAAUGUAUAAAAGGCUUGAACAGUUAGCAUAUACUGAAGAAACCAUGGAAAAAUACUUUGAAAUUGAACAUCGAUUAGAUGUUACAAGGGUGGAAAUGCUAAAACUAUAUAGAUCUAUAAUAUUUAUCUCAAUAAAUGAUAUACUGGAGAAAACGAAUGAAUUGACUGAAGUAGAGAUAAAGGAACAUGUGGAUAGAUAUCUUGGUGUUUUACUAGAUGCAUUAGCAGAGAAAGAAUUCAUAAACGAUUACCACCAGAUGUAUCCAAUUGACGUGGAUCUAGACGUCUUGGCACAUAUUUGCCCUGAAGUUGAUGCGAUGAAGUGUGAUUUUAUCCUGCAGUCUUUGUAUGCAUCGCUAAGUGAUACAAGUCAAAUAACACGGAUCGCUGAUAAAUCGAAAUCGAAGCCGAGUGUUCGUCUGGAAAAUAAUUUUGAAAAUGCCUUCAACAAUAUGCCUUCAACAAGUCAAAGUCAGCCUGAGGAAACAUUAAAUACUAAUAAAACCACUGUGGAGCUAGCCUCUCUUAUUACCAAAGUGAAAGACAUUCUACCUCACUUGGGCGAAGGUUAUAUUGAGAAAUGUUUGAGGCACUAUAAUAAUGAUAGUGAAUCUGUGGUAAACGCUGUCUUAGAGGACUCCCUACCAUCUGAUAUCAAGGAAUUGGAUCCAACGCUACCGUACAUCCCUCCUGAUCCUAUGGAGGCAUCAGUUGCAGUCGAUCUGGCCACAGGUAUGGAGAGAUUAAACGUAUUUGACAAUGACGAAUUUGAUGUCAUGACAAGGGACCACAUUGAUGCAUCGAAAGUACACAAAGGCAAAAGAAAAGACAAGCACAAGAAUCUAAAUGAGCUGCUUAAUGACAAAUCUUAUAAGGAAGAACUGCACAGUGUGUACUCAAAAUAUAGCUUGAUCACAGACGAUUAUGAAGAUGAGUACGACGACACAUAUGAAAGUCAAGACGUUGGCUUAAGUGCUCGUGAUGAAGCAACUGAAAUGGAUGCCCGACCAUUUACAGUUCCAAGGGUGCUUCAAACACGAAGUAAAUAUGAAAGUCCUUCAGAUGAUGACGAAGAUGAGCAGGAUCAAAAUGCAAAAACCAGCACAAAUAGUGACAGAACUCAGUUUGUGCAAGAUCCAGCUGUUUUACGUGCUAAAGCAGAAGAACGAAGGCUCUCUAAACGUGGAGACCAUAUCCGGAAACCUACUAGGGCACAAGAAAAGGAUGUAGUUGGCAAGCCAAAGGGCCAAGGUCAAGACAAAAAAGUAGUCAUAAACAGGGAAAAUAAAAAUACGCACAAAUCAUCAAGAGCUAAUCAUAAUCGUCGUACGGGUGCUCAGUGGAAAAGAAAUCAAGGGAUGGUUCCCUCUUAGGUUGAUGGGUGAAAAGUUAUUAUCCACUCGCAUGUAAUGUUCUAGACAUAACUUUUGUUAUACAUAUGUGAUCUCGACAAUUGGUUACUUUCGAAAAAAAAUUACUGUCAAUAAUCUACUUGAUCAAGAAUCUACCGAGUACGAUACAUUAUAGCUGUGUACAAGACCAAUGAUUUAUUUGGCAGAGUUUUUAAGCAACACAACAGAAUUGAUAAAAUACUUCAUACUGGCCUGUUGGAUAAAGUUAUUACAAAAUAGAAAAUGCAAAAGUUCACUUUCGAUUUUCUCAAAAUAAUCAAGAUGAUAUUACUUGAUGAAUUGUACAAAUAAUAAUACUGACAGUGCAAAGUAGCAGCUAUUCAUUGAAAUGGAUAAUAAUGGUAGUAUAGAUACACCUGUUGGUGUUAUAUAAGAAUAGUUUGUCAAAAUAAAAUAAUGGUUUUGAGGCAGGUGGCGAUCAAUCAUUACAGGGAGACAUAAUUUCGGCACACGUCAAUGGAUUCGUCUAUCCUAUUUAGAGGUGGGAAUGAAAAGUAUAAAUUCAACAAUAUGCAGACAUGUUUUGUAUCUAUUAACAAAAGUAUUGACGACUGGAACGUAGAUGCUCACAAGAAAGCACAUGUAUAUGUAUCGUACAUCAUAUAUCUCGUGAUAUGCACUUAAAGUUGACUAAUGAAUCUUGCAAAAAAAUAAAAUUCCUUGCACAUAUGA